CCUAGAACUAUAACAGGCUUCUUAUUGCUCCCCUUCAGACACUUGGUCAGUGCUUUAUCUUUGGCUGUACGUUUCCUACCACUAUCACAUCGCCAUGUCUGGACGCGGCAAGCAAGGCGGCAAGGCUCGCGCCAAGGCCAAGACUCGGUCUUCCCGUGCUGGGCUCCAGUUCCCAGUGGGCAGAGUGCACCGCCUGCUCCGCAAAGGGAACUACUCCGAGCGGGUCGGGGCCGGCGCUCCCGUGUACCUGGCGGCGGUGCUGGAGUACCUGACGGCCGAAAUCCUGGAGCUGGCGGGCAACGCGGCCCGCGACAACAAGAAGACGCGCAUCAUCCCGCGCCACCUGCAGUUGGCCAUUCGCAACGACGAGGAGCUCAAUAAACUGCUGGGCCGCGUGACCAUAGCGCAGGGCGGCGUCCUGCCCAACAUCCAGGCCGUGCUGCUGCCCAAGAAAACCGAGAGCCACCAUAAGGCCAAGGGCAAGUAAAGCGCUCUUAAGCCACCCGUGAACACCUAAGAAAUCAAAGGCUCUUUUCAGAGCCACCCAAGUUUUCUGAAAAGUGCUGAAAUACACUUGAGCCCUAGAUGAUGUGUUUAUUGGUACAAUAUUUAAUUCUGCAGAGGAGCUCCAUUCAUCUGUUAACGUACGCCAGACAGUUUCACGUUUCAGAGAAAGUACUUGCCCCCUUCCUCAACCUAGUUAGAUCAAUUAAUCUUUAAAAUUGUCGCUCACAUUUUAUGCUCCAUAAAUGAAACCUUUCUGAAAAAAAGAAACUAAAAACUUUACAGCGUCCCUUUUACUGAAAAAAUUGAAAUGAACGCACUAAAAACACCAGAUCUGCUAAGGAAGAACUUGCACUUCUGUUAGCAAAGAUUAUUACGGCUCUAGGCUAUGUAGAUAGUGUACCAAAAUGACACGUUUGGAGCAAAAGUGCGUGUGUAUAUGCACAUAUUCUUAUGAAUAAUUAUGCGUAUAUUGUAUAUUUAUAUCAACUUGCAGUUAAAAAGGCCUAAAAUAUGAGGAAAAGAAAUGAGAACAAAGAAGGAUAGUUGG